AUGAGGAUGCAAAGAGGGUUUUUUUACCGGUGGUUAAAGAAAUGGUGGUGGUUGAGGAAUCCGGUGGCGGGUGGCUCUCAGUCGCUGAGUGAGGGAUUUCUUAAGGAGACGGAGAUCGGAGGAGUAUAUUGCAAGGGAAUAAGAAACACAACGAAGCAUUUUCACUCAUCGAAGGUGAGGAUGGAAACGAGUGAUUCGUAUUCUGGAAAACGAGAAACGAGCUCAACACGCUUUGCCAGCUCGAAAUCAUCAAACUGGAAUGCAGGCGCACAGGUACAUCCCACGAGAGAAAAAUGUUGUUCAGAGUCCCUUGUGGCUCGUUUGGCAGCUAAACCUUCAGAUGAGAUGUUGAUAUCCUUAGUUGGAAAUGCACCGAACCAAACAUUUGGAGGGACAAUGUGCUGUACCACUUGA